AUGUGCGACAGUCCUCUCUUUGGCGAGUUCGGCCUGGGCAUCCACAACCUCCCAGGUCCCAUCUUCCCGUACUUCGACCUCUACAAGGACGAUCCCAUCGACAAUCUCGCCGUCGAUCCCGGACUGACGGCGUCGCCAUACUCUUCGUCGCCCAACUCGUCAUUCCCGUCGCCAGAGCAAUUGUCCGGGUCCUCGCCGCUGAGCUGCCACGAGUACUUUGCCGGCCCCAGAGACAGCAUCGGCAGUCUCGACGAAGCAACCAUCGCCCCUCAUGAGACGGUCACUAACAAUCACACUGUCGCUAAACACAGCGGCCAUAACCACAACAACAACACCAACAACAACACCGACAACAACACCGACAACAACAACAACAACAACAACAAUGCCAGAAGCAACAACAGCAAGCCGAGCAAGGCAAUCCCAAGCUCUGCUUUGGCAUCCACAUCAUCAUCAACAACAACAACACCGGCGGCAGCUCCUCAGCCACCCGCCAAUACGUCUCCCAUAGUAACACGGACAAGAAAGGCCUCUUCCCAGAACACGGAUGCUUCGGGCUCAACAGCUCAACCUCGCGCCAAGAAGCAAAAGACGACCAUCACCGUCAAGCUGGAGCCUCAAGAACCUCAACAGCAGCGUCCGCCGCAGCAGCGUCAACGACAGUCCUCGCCGCCGAAACGAAAGCCCGCGCGGCGAGGUUCAACAGCAAAAAAGGAAGAUGUAGCCCAGCGCACCAAGAACCUGGAACGCAAUCGCAUUGCCGCAUCCAAAUGCCGCCAGAAGAAGAAGGAAUGGGUGGUUGAGCUCGAGGACACCAAGAACACCCUGGAGGCGCGCCACGCCGAACUGCGAAUCGAGUAUUUCAAGCUUCUCGGCGAAGUCACAGGAAUCAAGAAUGAGCUCAUGGCCCAUGCCAAGUGCCAAGACCCCAACAUCAACUUCUGGAUCGAAAAGGAAGCGCUCAAGUAUGUUGAGCGAUGCAUGGACCCGCUGGAGCGGCGUCCAUCCAUGGUUGGGAAUGCCGCAUCUGGAUCUAGCACACUGCCCUCGCCGGCAGAGUCUCACCGGUCUCAGCAGGAGCAGUCUCUGCCCAGGCCCGAAGGGGGUAUCAAUCUCGAUUAUAUGCCCGACGAGCUGCUGACCGGUGACCUUGUUUGA